AUGUUCCGGUCAGCCCUGCGCCGGUCUACUAUACAAACACGAUCCUGGCAACAACCAGCUCGAAAGAUCAGCACCGCGCCGCCAAAUGCACCAAAUGCCUCCAGGCCCUCAUCGCGGUGGACGCGUCGUCUAGUCUACGCCGGUAUUUUUGGGACGCUUGGCUACUGUGUUGGAGGCUGGGUCGACAGCAAAGUCUCAAGCCCGCCAUUUCUGCCUGGGUCGCUAGAGGACCAGUACUUUUCCCUGGAUCUGCAGCGGGCGUUUGAUGCGAUACCCAUUGUGCGGGAACUGCGCAGUAACCCCGACUACGAGGAGAAGAACGUCUACGAUAACUUUGCGGAUGAGCACAAGUCCCGCCGACUGACAUCUGGCCCCUUGGCUGGUAGCAGGGGUCUUGGAUUCCAGCGGGUUUUCUGGAACGGCAGGGAGAAAACAAACGUCAGCGUGGUCUUCUUAGGGCGGGGCAUGGAGGGAUGGCCCACGAUGAUCCAUGGCGGUGCUAUCGGAACUGUCAUCGAUGAAAACUUGGGAAGAAUCGCCAUUCGACACUUCCCAGAACGAACAGGUGUCACAGCAAACCUCAACCUCAACUACCGAGCCCCGGUCACCUCGGACAAAUUCUAUACCCUGCAUACGUCUCUGGACGAAGAGCAGAGCACAGACCGCAAAGCCUACGCCAAAUGCGAAGUUCGUGAUAUGGCAGGUAAAAUCUGCGUCGAAGCAUCGGGGCUGUUCGUGGUUCCUAAAAAGCUCAAGCUCGCUAAAGUUGGGGAGCAUUUUUAA